UAAAUCAGUGUCAUUAUAAAACAAACCAUACAGAUAAGAAUUAAGAUUAUGCCAGGCUAAUAAUAAAAUUUAAUUGGAUUAGAAGAUGCAGAGGUCUUUCAUGCUGAAAAAGAGGGAAGAAAGUGGUUAUGUCCAGAAGAAAUUUUCAGAAGUGGAGGAUAUGGAGAAAUUUGAAUCAGUAUUAACGGAGGACAUUAAAAAGAUUAGAGCACAAAUUGAUGACAUUAGUAAAGAUUAUCUUGAAUUACAGAAACGAUUUGAUAAAGCGGAAAAAGAAUACUUGGAAGCCAAAGUUGAACUGUUUACCAAAGGAGAAGAAAAGGACAGACUAGUGGAAACACUUCGUGGAAUUAUAGAAAACUGUGAAUCUGAGAAAGCAAAGAAAUUGUCCCAAUUACUGUCUAAAUUUGAAAUAAAAUCAAAAUUUAUGAUUGAAAAUAAAGCAGAAAAUAAAUAAUUUUUACCAUAA